AUGAAGAACCUCUCUCUUGCAACUCUCUUCGUCUCCCUCUCCGGCUCCCUCACAGCAGCCUGGAACGUCACCGCGUACAGCAACACCGACUGCACCGGCUACCUGACCUCCAUCGCGGGUGAACAGAACUGGGGCUGCUACUGGCUCACGGGCGUCACCGAGCCCAUUCAAGCCAUGAGUGUUGAGGAUCUUCCGGAGGGAUGGAGGUUCAUUGCAUCGAGUGGUACCGCCUGCGAUACCUUCCACCAGGUGGGUGGCAACGGAUGUUACACCCAGGGCCAGGGAUUUCAGUCAUUUGAGAUUAUUGGGUCGAGUAGCUGA